AUGCACGAGCUCUCACCCUAUCUACCAGCGAUAUUCCCAUAUCUUGGCCAGCUCAUGGAUAGAAUCGAACAAAUAAUACCACAACUCGACUAUCUCGCACCUUAUUUACAAUAUAUAAUACCAAAUCUAGAUGAACUUUUACCAAAUAUUGGAAAUGUAUUGGAUAGAAAUAGAUCGAUAGUUCCUUACAUACAAGAUUAUAUAUAUUCAGCACAGGCUGCUAGAAUGAACUACGGGUCGAUUCAAACUGAAAGAAAUCAAUCGAUGAAACAUAUACCACCACCACCACCACCACCGCUAGCAGCAGCAGCACCAGCAUCUCUUCCUCAACCAGUGAUCAACCAUUACUCUAUGAAUACCUAUAAACUAGAUCCAUCGAUGCCUCCAGCCACUCUUCCUAUGUAUCACAAGAAAACACUUCGUGAGAGAAUCAAAGAUAAAUUUAGAAAACAUCACGACAAAGAUGAAGACGAUAUAGCUGCACUAAAUGAUCUAGAUGAGUUCAAUCACAGACAAAACUUAAUCUCUAUUCAUAAUAGUAGAGCAAGAUCACCAACCCAAUAA